GCCAACCGCCCAAAAUUGGACAAGAAAAGAGAAAGAGAGCAGAGGCAGCAAUGGGUGCAUACAAAGCACCAAUUCCCCAUUUCCUUUCUUCACCCAAUCCUAACGCUAAAACCCUGAGAACCCCAUUUUUGAACCUUGGAACCACCAGCAGGCGCUUCCUUUUGUUCUUCCUUUCCUCUCCUAUCCUUCCCAGCAGUAACAGUCUUGCCCUAGACAAUGCUAAAUUGCUUCAGUCCAAUAUCAUGGAUGUUUUAGCUUCCAGUUUUGACCCAGUGAGUCAAGCUGAGAAAGACGCCAGUUCCCUCAUCAGUCGCAGAGUAUCUGACGCUGUGGAGUUGUUGGAGAGAGGGAAGGAAUUGCAGGCUCAGGGUGAUUUCCCCAAAGCUCUUCACUUCUUUACUUUGGUGGUUGAAAAUUAUAAAGAUUUUGCAUUCUCAGACUAUGCAAGAGUUGGUAGGGCAUUGGCCUUAUACGAGGUUGGAGACAAAGAAGAAGCUUUUGCAGAGAUGGAAGAUGUUUCAAUAUCUUUAAAGGGAUAUCCAGAAGUACAUGCAGCUCUUGCUGCAGUUUUAUAUGCAGACAAACAUGCACCAUUGCUAGCUGAAAAUCAAUUCGCAAUUGCAACUCUACUUGAUCCUCAUUUUACAGAUCUCUCAUACGUGAUUGAAACCAAGCAUUGGCCUCCUAGUUUGGUUAGUUCCUUGCAACAUUUUAUCACACUUUCUUAGAGAUUUGUGUUUGAAUAUUAUAAUACAUUGGCAAACUCUUGUCAACCUUUAUCAUAGAUUUGUAAUAUCUCAUUGCCUUGGGACAAAAUAAUUAUAUUCAUAUAUACAUUUUUUUCUCUAUAA